CGCUAUUAAAGUAGAAGGUAAAUGUCGACCGACGCUGUGAAGAUGGCCCAGUGGCUGUUUGUGCUUGUUCUGGCCACACUUUUCAACAGCUCCUUCCAACAAGCCAGUAGAAUCCGGUUGGUGGGAGGGUCAGGACCGCACGAAGGUCGUGUGGAGGUUCGGCCGUCCUACAGUUACAGCUGGGGGACGGUUUGUGAUGACAGAUUCGGUAUGGAUGACGCCAGGGUUGUCUGCAGGAUGCUGGGAUAUACUAAAGCUUCGGCAUAUCGUGGCUCAGCGUAUUAUGGACAAGGUUCAGGUGACAUCUACAUGGAUGAGCUAAGGUGCAGUGGGACGGAGAGUAGCCUGUUUAGCUGCCCGUACCGAGGAUGGGGAGUGAAUGACUGUACUCACAGUGAAGACGUCGGCGUCGUCUGUUACCCCUCUACCCUUCUCCCUACCCCUAGACCUGACAAUGGUUGCCCGUCAGUCCGUAUAUCUGGGUCGUCUUCGGUCCAGUCUGACCGGAUGACAACCUACACAAUGACAGGACAGCUUCGCAAUGGUCGACCGGUGUACAGAUCCUCACGGGGUGACUAUCUGUUCUUCUACCAAUCGGAUGAUAGCUGGCACGUUGGUCCCCAGUUGGGGACUGAUUAUAUAGGAAUGUACGUGGACGACAUCAGCAUCAACGCAGAAGAUAUUUCUGGGACCUGGUAUCUUUUCGACGGCACCAAUUUUAUACCAUACAUUCCCGUUCGAGUGACUUGCGCCAACGUCAAUAUCAGAGUCCGGUUGGUGGGAGGGUCAGGACCGCAAGAAGGUCGUGUGGUGGUUCGGUUAUCCAACAGCUAUACCUGGGGGACCGUUUGUGACGACAGAUUCGGCAUGAAUGACGCCGCGGUUGUCUGUAGGAUGUUGGGAUAUUCCGGAGCCUCGGCAUAUCAUGGUUCGGCGUAUUAUGGACGAGGCUCAGGUAGCAUCUACAUUGAUGAGCUAGGGUGCAGUGGGAAGGAGAGUAGCCUGUUUGACUGCCCGUACCGAGGAUGGGGAGUGCAUAACUGUGAUCACGGUGAUGACGUCGGUGUCGUCUGUUACUCUUCUGCCAACAGAACCCGGUUGGUCGGAGGAUCUGGACCGCACGAAGGCCGCGUGGAGGUUCGGCUAUCCACCGGCUACAACUGGGGGACCGUUUGUGACGACUCAUUCGGCAUGAACGACGCUGGGGUUGUCUGUAAAAUGCUGGGAUAUACGGGAGCGUCAGCAUAUCAUGGCUCAGCGUAUUAUGGACGAGGCUCUGGGAACAUCUACAUGGAUGACCUAAGGUGCACAGGGACGGAGACUAUCCUGUUUGACUGCCCCUACUCUGGGUGGGGAAAUCAUAACUGCGAUCACGGUGAUGACGUCGGCGUCGUCUGUUACUCUUCUUCCGGUGUGACAUCAGGGCUCAGUACUGGAGCUAUCGUUGGCAUCUCUGUCGGGGCCAUCUCGGCUGUGGUGUUGAUCAUAGUCAUAUCCUGCUGUUGCCGCUGCAAGAAAAGUGCACCUGUAGCGACCACGUCACCCAGCAGUCCGCCUACAGGUACCGCCAACCCCGCCUUCACACCCCCGCCAGCCGGGCCUCCACCGGCGUACUCACCCCCCGUACAGCCACCGCCAGACGGGCUGGUGUUCGUCCGUGUAGUGCGCAUCCAGUAACAGCAAAGGACUACAGAUAAUCAGAUGAAGCGGUCAGGGUUAUUUUGUUGGCAUUAAGCGGCCUUUCGUGCGUUUCUACGUCUGUUUAGUGACAAGGUAGCCAAAUACAAUCUAACCUAUACGUUGUUUAAAGCGAUGUUUGUUGAAUAUCAUACGACACCAUGUCUUCAUAUUUACCAACGCCAUGUAUAACGUUAAAACCUUUGUGUGCUGUAUUUCCUAGUUUUGUAUUGAAGACUUUUAUGCUUA